CAAGCACAGUUUACACCUGAAUCAUGAGGACUUGCAGCGAGUGGUGAACUUCAACAACAACUACGCAGAGGAUAAUGCAAUAGUAUAACCAGGACGCCACCCAGGACACAAAAACCAUCCCAUGUGACAAUUGGCACUACAUUUAUUGAUCUCAAAUUUGUUCUGUAUUUUCCAGAGAUGCGUGUAGUCGGGCUGUCUUCCUUCAGGAAUCUGUGGAGAAAAUUGCUGUCCCACAUAAAAGCACCAAGCCCAGGACAGACCUGUGCUGGCAGUGCCAGAGGAGCAACUAUCAGGUCUUCAGAUCUGCCAAUCUGCCAGAAGCUGUUAAGUCAGCCAAGCUGAAGAAGCAAGAGCCGCAUCUCCUGCUUGUUCAGAGUGAGCGGUCUGUCUACCAGAAGAUGGUUGCUGACUGCAAGACCACCUAUCAAGACCUGCAGUUGUCUUUGGAGGCCCCUACUGAACCAGCAAGAAAAGACAUCAGGAUGCAUUACAGCUUUGAUUUUGAUCAACAAGUAAGCAACAUUUCCUCCUUUAUACUGAUUAAGGACAUAGACGGAUAGAUGGGAGGCAGGAAAAUACCUUUCCCCGAGCUGUGUAAAGACAGACUGACAGGGGUGAGACAAUUAAUUGUAAUUAAUCUUAAUGUUAUUUUGUUGUUUUGCAGGUACACUAUCCUUCUGACCCUAUGCAGCCAGCUCACAUCUACUAUCCUUCUGACACUAUGCAGCCAGCUCCCAUCUAUUAUCCUUCUGACACUAUGCAGCCAGCUCCCAUCUAUUAUCCUUCUGACCCUAUGCAGCCAGCUCCCAUCUACUAUCCUUCUGACCCUAUGCAGCCAGCUCCCAUCUACUAUCCUUCUGACCCUAUGCAGCCAGCUCCCAUCUACUAUCCUUCUGACCCUAUGUAACCAGCUCCCAUCUACUUUUUAACUCCUCGCAAGUGUGUCUUUUUGGUGUCUGCUGUGAAGGAAUACCAUAACAAGUCAACUACUUGAUUGAUGAAGGCAUGUCAUCCAGCAAAGGCAGCAGCACAGUCAUCACCUCAUGAACCAUUUCUUCACCAACUAUGGAGUUGGGGAAACACGUGUGACCUGAAUUGUGAUAACUGCAGUGGUCAAAACAAGAACAAGUUUGUGCUCUGGUAUUGUGCCUGGCGGACCAUGCACAACCUCCACCACAGUCUGGACCUUCACUUCCUGAUCACAGGCCACACCAAGUUUGCCCCCGACUGGUGCUUUGGCCUCAUCAAGCAGCACUUCAGGAAGACCCGAGUGAACACUUUGUCUGAGAUUCCUGGUGUUGUGAAGGACAGCACUGUGACAGGGGUCAACAUCCCACAGCUGAUUGGACUGGAGGAUGGUACGGUGCUGGUGGAAAGCUAUGGCUGGCAACAACACCUGACUGUACUUCAGGCCGCUGCCACAGAUCACGCAGUACCAGAAAUCCAGCCUGGUCUUGUUGUCGCCAAGGAGCGUUUGGACUCAGUCGGGAGCAGGUUUCAGCUGCUGCGCAACGCUGACAUCCUUCCUCCCAUAGAUGGUCUGCCUGUACAAGCAUCACCUGGACUGGACACAGCUAGACAAACUAUCUUUUUGAGAAUAUCAGGGAGUUUUGCGACAAAGAGGCUAUGGACAUCACAUGCCCUGCACCAAAGUCAAGGGCAGGACAGAAACAGGCUGUCCGAAUAUAGAUUCCCUUGUUCAUGCGUGGUUUGGAUGGACCAGUCAUCAGCACUAUCUGCAGUGCCUCUAUUCACAUGACUCUCUCCUAAUGAGAUAAUUUAAUAUGGUCAAACCUGUCCAUCUAGCACCAGGCAGGCUAAAGCAAAUAGUAUUCGAACCCAGGUCUAUAAGUUGACAAUACAUGCUAUUAAUAAUUUAGAUGAAUACAAAUAUCAUUGGCAUGAGCUCUAUCAGUCACAAAUUGUCCUUAUUGUUUCCAACCUAAAGAAUAGUGUUGCAAACUUGGAACUCACCUCUUCUCCGUAAUUCCUCUGUUUCUUUCUGUAAAUGAAGAGAUGCAUUCAUUCAGCAACAAUGUGUUCUUCUGUUUGUCCUUCUGUUCAGGCCUCUAGAACAAUGCCACAACAAACUCCAACACAAACCAACAUGGUUGAUCAAAGAUGUGAUAUCAUCCUUUCCCUUUGUGAUGACAUCAUAGCCUGGUCCCAGUUCUGUUUGUGCUGUUUAGACAAUUCUAAUGGACAGAGAGUUGGAAGUAAAGCACAAACUGAUCUUACACCAGGCUAUAAUGUAGCCUAUAAUGUAGCCUCCAAAUGUGCACAUUUGUUCAUGUUCUUUGCUGGUAAUGAGUUAUUAGCCCAGUUAUAGAUCAUUUCUAGUCAGCAAUGGGGGAGUGAUUGCUUCCUACAAGAGCAUAACAUGUGUGGAUUUCUAGACAUCUUUGAAUUGCAAGUCAGGUGAAGAGCCCUGCAUUUUUUUCUCCAAAAGUCUCAUGGAAUGUAGGCCUACAUUGAACACCACACACCGGCUGCUACUGUAGGCUGAAUAAUAGAACAGCUAUUCCCAUGUUUAAAGUUAAUCGGAUGCAUUUUCUCACUUGUUUUUGACGGUAGGCCAAUCUGAUAUUCAUACAUUAUGAUCAAAUAGCCACAGUUUUACAACUUUCAAGUUUUCGUUCAGCAGACCAGAAAUUUGGUCAGUGCCGAAAAAAAAGAGAGGGAACAUUGGUGGCCAGUUAUAGUCAAUAGUGAUUAGUCUCCUUACCUCUCUCCUUCUCUACAACCAGACAGUACAUUGAAACCUUUAGAGGAGACUAACAGCAGUUCAGGCAGUCUACAGGAAGUCUGCUGAUAGUGACCUUGAUUUGACCCUAUCACGCUGCAAGAUCUGCUAUGAAUCAUUCAAUCAUCCAAAAGUAGAAAGUGGAGAGAAAUGACUGUAGAUCUGAUCUGAUUAGUGUUAUUGAUUGGUUAGUGUUGAUGAUGUCACAAACAUCCAUCUGGUUGAUCAGAGCCAAUCAGAGCCUUCUAUUCAGAAUUUUCACAGAAUUCUGACCAUUGUUACAUCAUUCUCUACAUGUGGAUCCACUGAAAAGGCCUAGCUAGACCUUUAGGGAAUGACUAAAUGAAGAGUAGGACCCCAUUUACCAAUACAAAUAUCACCCCAAUCAUUGCUGGUUGAUUUUAGUUAACUGACAGUGUUGAUCCAUUAUUAUAAAAAUGUGUUCAGUCAUUAACUGAUCAAUUAAGGCUGUAUAGGAAAAACUAUAACUAUUAUAUUUAUUUUAGUGACUCUUCAUAAUGAACAGCAUAAA